CCAAUUCUUCUAAGAUAAGAUAAGAUCAAUACAAAUUCAAUCAGAGCUCUAGAAUCGUUUUGGGCAUGGCAAUCCAUUCUUCAGCUCAAUUUGACAUUUUCGGCGCUGGAUUGAGCAAGAACCGCAGGUCAACCUUCUCGAGUUACUGUUCAUAUGCGACUCUUGAAGUCUUCUUGAGGGAUGGGAUGGCACACAUACUUCUUGAGGUUCUUUUGGUUUUUGGUGGUUUCAUCUUGGUCAGUUGUACCUUGGGAAGUAUGGGGCUGGAAAUGCUGCUGCCAUGGACUGUUGAAGUUGAGUUUGGAAUCACCUGCUCUUUCCCACUAGAUGCUAUUGUGGUGUUGCUGUUUUUGGGGUGGUGGAGUGGAUUAAACUGUGGUUUUGGGCUGUGCAUUGCUGCUGGAACUGCUGCCUGGCUUGGGUUGAAUUUGAUGACUGGCUAUUCAAUUCUCCAUUUAGUUGACUGCUUAUGGAUUGUAGACAACAACAUUGCAGCUUAGUCUGGUUUAAAAUCUAUUUUUUGUUCAAUUUGAUAUCUUUCAAUUUGAUUACCUCUGAUACUUUGGAUAGAUGUGCUUGGCUUCGUGUUAGGGAUACUCUGCAUACUCUUCAUAAACUGGAAAUCCAAAU